AUGAGCCUCCCCGCUAGCCUCGGCCGCCGCUGGUGCGGCUUCGCGGCCGUCCUCUGCCUGUGUGCGUCCUACUGCAACGCAGAGCCGAUCGAGCCUCUGCCCUUGCCCGACACGCCGGCGAGGUCGCUGCAGUGCUUCGACGACGGCCAGGUGUACGGGUGCUGCGAGGACGCGUACCGGCUGAGCCCGGCGGGGAUCAUCGGCGUGCCGCCGGGCGCGGUGGACUACUACUGCGGCGGGCAGUGCGUGGUGGAGACGGAGGACGUGCUCAACUGCGUGGCCAGCGCGCUGGACGGCUUCAGGUUCUACAACGGCGCCUCCGUCGAGGACGUGCGCUACGCCCUCAGGAGGGGGUGCAGCCACACUUUCAAAAGAGGGGACUUCAACGACCUGGAGCCGCCGCUAGGCGACUACCCCAACAUCUACGGUGACAGCGGCGGCGACAGGAUCUUGUCUCAUCAUAACAUUCUCGCUGUUGUCCUCGGUGCCGCGUGGCUCCUAUUUCACGCCCGCUGA